CAAGUCAUCCUCAUGCCCCUUGUAAAUAACAAAAUUGGAGAUGACUGCACACUUGGCACAAACAAGGCUCUGACCGAUGGCAAAGCUCUGGUGGAUUCGUUGAUUAAGGUGGUGGCAUGCUAUCGACAUUUAGCUUCGUGCGUCGGCGGCUGCACUGACAGCUUGCAGCUGCGAGAUGAGUUGAGGCAAACAAGAGAGAGGGCCCGGAAUUUGGCCACGACCAUCCGUCAACAUCUCACCUCGCAUCUUCGGGACAAGCGCCUACCUGUGGAACAGCGGAAAGAGAUGGAGCUCCUUUGGGUAGCCUUCUCAUCCAGCUUGGAGCUGCUCCACAUUGACAUGUGCAAAGUUUACAAAAUGGGAGACAUCUUCAAGGUUGCCGAGUCUCCUAGUUUGGUUCAAACUGGCCUGCAAGGAGGAAGCACCGAAGUUGCUGCUCGAGCUCUCAGUCUGCCAGACCUUAGCAGGGCUUUGAAGUCCAACCCCCUCGGUGACCUCGAGAACCAGGAGCGCCAGACCAUGGAGCAGGAUAUCAGCCAAAUUGACCACAUGAUCGAUGACAUGGAAACAAAAGUGAAUGUGCUGCGUUGGAUGGUGGAGCCCCACGGGGCGCUGAACGGCGACCCGCGGGGCAGCACUGACAGCGCUUCCCUGGCCUUGUUCUCUAUGGAUGAGGAGCAACUUGGCGGACACUCCCCUGCAGGCCAGCGCCGUCAUAUUGUGGCACUCUUACUACUGUGUGCGGUCAUUUUGGGUGCAACCACUUUAUGUAUCUGCAUCUUCUUCCUCUCAUGA